CAGGUUUUAAGGAUCGGAGGAAAAGAAGAUAACUGAGGAGUAAAAAGACGAAGUAGGUAACUCUGACCUUCCACGGAUUUCCGAGGGCGACGAUGAAAGCCGCGGUUCUGAUCCGGUCCGGUUCGCUCCACUCCCGGCCUGGUUUUUCCCUCGGCUCGCCCUGCGGACCGGGGGACCGAGCCGGGGUCGCGUUCCUCCGCCGGAGCCCGAGCGCGAGAGGGCUCUCCCCUCGCUCCGCCGCGAUCCACGUGGACGGUGGCGAUUCGGGGAGCAGCCUCCUCCGCCGAGCGAGAUCCGAGGCCGAUCUGCGCCGAUCCGGGAUCCUACGGCCCGGAUCCGCCGCCGCGGCGCGGGCCCCGGCGCCGCCGAGGGUGGCGGAGGAGGAGGACGACGAGGAGGGGGAGGAGGAGUACUCCAGCGGAGGGAUGGGGAAGGGGACGAAGAUCGGGGGCGGAGGGAGGGGCGGGGAGGGUGGCGAUAGCAACGAGAACCGUCGGAUCGGGGACUACUACAAGGGGAUGCUCCGAUCCGACCCGGGAAAUCCGCUUCUCCUCCGAAACUACGCCCGAUUCUUGCACGAGGUGGAGGGGGAUGUGAAAGGCGCAGAGGAGUACUACGGGAGAGCGAUCCUGGCGAGCCCCGAUGAUGGCGAUUUGCUGUCCCUAUACGGGACGCUGCUGUGGGAGACUCACCGGGAGCGAGAGAGGGCGGCCGCAUACUUCGAGCGUGCGGUCGAAGCCGCCCCGCAGAACUGCUACGUGAUGGCGUCGUAUGCCAAGUUCCUCUGGGACGCGGGCGAGGACGAGGACGUGGAGACUGAGGAGUCAUCUCCGCCGUUGGUGGAGGCGUUUUGAUCUGAUGAACGGUCCUGGUUUACCGACGGUUUAUGUACAUAUAUAAGUAGUGUUGAAUCGGACAGUGUAUGUUAGUUGAGUGCGGUCCUCUGAAUUUUAGCCUGAUUAUAUCUAGCUAUUUGAAUUUUUUUAAAAAAUAUUAAAAGGAUCAUGGGGACUUUUCAAAUGUUUCAAUAAGCGAUCCCGCAAAAAAUAAAAUAAAAUAAAAAAUAAAUAUUUUAUUAAUAAUCAGUAAUAUUUAAAAAUCAAAAUAAUCUCUAAAUUUAUUUAGGUUUUGACAGAAAAAUGAACUCUUUUUUUUAAUGAAGAUUAACAGUUAUGAGUUAAAAUCGGUUAAAAAUUUGUAGAAAAACGGUUGAUUAUAACGUACUGAAAGUUUCUAUGAUUCUUUUUAAUUUUUUUAAAUUCAAAUAGUCAAAUAUAUCGUCUAAAGUUUAGAAGGAUUUGACAUAUUUUUAACUUUAGUUAAUCAGAAGUUAAUUAGGAGGAGAUAAAACUAAGAAGUCGCGGUGUGUAAAUGGAAGAGCAGGUGACUGAAGAAGGGAGAAGACGGAAUAAGAAGGGAUGGAGAGAGAGAGAGAGAGGAGGAAAACGACGGGCGGCGCAAGAGGGGAGCGAGCACGACGCAUGAUUUGUACUUUUUAGUUUUGACAUUGUUUGGUUGGAGCGACUAGCAUAGUCGUUGCCGUCGUCGCCGCCGUUGUUCCUAUCAUAUGAAGGAUGGAUAAGUGAGAGCUAAAAAUAAGGAUGGAUAAGUGAGAGUUAAAAAUAAAAUGAAGGAUUGGAGGCAUGGUUGCUUUCUUUGUCCUUCCGAUCGUUUUUGUGCUCUGCAAAUUGUAAAAGAGAAGCAUUUUUACUGUUUAAUUAUGAAGUGUUUUUGUUUUUACGCAAA